CAGCGCCAAAGUGUAACCCUUUAGGCUCCGAUCACCUGACAGCAACACGCACGAGGAACGUUUCACAGCUCGCUCUGCCCCGCCCACCCUGACACACACACACACCGCAGCAGGUUCCUCCCGCACACAGACGUCUCUGCGCUGUUCUGCAGGAAACGGAACCCACCGGAACCGGACUGAGAUCCAGCCGUAGCAAGGUUCCGGUUCUGCUGACGGGAUCCAGAGCGGGUGGAUGUUCAGAGGUUGAUGAGGAUGAUGAUGAUGAUGAUGACAUCCUCACCCUCAGAGAAGAUGAAGAAGAAACCUCCAAAGGACAGUCUGACUCUGCUGCCAUGUUUCUACUUCGUAGAGCUGCCCAUUGUGGCUUCUUCUAUGGUGUCGCUGUACUUCCUGGAGCUGACCGAUGUGGUGAAGCCGGCUCAAGUGGGUUUCCGGUGCCACGACAGAGAUUUGAGUAUGCCGUACGUGGAUGGAGGAGAUGAGCUGAUCCCACUGUUGAUGCUUCUAAGCCUCGCCUUCGCUGGACCUGCUGCUUCAAUUAUGCUGGUGGAAGGAGCAAUCUACUGCCUGCAGUCCCGUCUGAAACUCCGCCGAGCUGAGGGAAGCAUCAACGCUGGCGGCUGCAGUUUCAACUCCUUCCUGAGGAGGACGGUCCGUUUCGUAGGUGUGCACGUGUUCGGCCUGUGUGCGACCGCGCUGCUCACUGACAUCAUCCAGCUGUCCACGGGGUACCACGCACCAUUCUUCCUCACUGUCUGCAAACCUAACUAUACUCUGGCGGGUGUGUCAUGUGAUAAGAAUGCCUACAUCACCACAGACAUCUGCUCUGGGCAGGAUGAGCACGCCAUCAUGGCUGCGAGAAAGACGUUUCCUUCCCAGCAUGCAACUCUGUCAGCGUUUGCUGCUGUUUAUGUUUCUAUGUACUUUAAUUCGACCAUCUCAGACAGCACCAAGCUGCUCAAACCCGUGCUGGUGUUUGCAUUUGCCAUUGCUGCAGCGCUGACUGGCCUGACUCAGAUCACACAGCAUCGUAGCCACCCCAUCGACGUCUAUGUGGGCUUCCUCAUUGGAGCCUUCAUCGCCGCCUACCUGGCCCUUCACGCUGUCGCCAACUUCAAAUCAUCUGAUGACAUCACUCCACCCCCACCUCCUCCACCCCUAAAGGCGGACCCUCUCCGAGCACUGACUGAGCGGGGACACGAGUCAGUCUAUAACAAAGGCCCUGCCUCUGCCUCAGAGAGUAACGAUGAGAUAGCAGCAGCUCCGGCUCCCAUGGACCGGCUGGAUGGCCUGGGGCCCCUGCAGAGGGAGAAGGGCUCAAUGGGAAGUCUGAAGAGGGCCAGUGUUGAUGUAGAGCUGCUGGCUCCCCGAAGCCCCAUGGGAAAGGAGACCAUGGUGACCUUCAGCAACACGCUACCAAGAGCUAGCAUGAAUGUAAAUGGUGUACUGGGGGCCAACGAUGCCUCUGAGGAGGCGGUGCAGCCGGUCCAGCCAGUGCAGCCAGUGCAGCGCCGUCUGAAGGCUGUUCAGGUGCCCAUGGACCCUAUGCGGUCACAGCAGCUGGUGUCGGAGUGGAAGCAGAAGUCGAUGGAGAUGCGAGGUAUGGGUGUUCGGGACGAGGCAGAGCACGAAACCAGUGAAGACGGCUCGGAGGUAGGCUCUGUGGGGACUGACGAUGGCGGUUCUCAAGCCCCGAUCUACCAGCCUGCAGUGCAUGCCAGGGCAAACGCAAGUCGCAACCCCACUCCACCUCCAGGGGGGGCCAAAGCUGUGGCAACACCCAGACCCCCACAGAUCCCAGAAGCAGGACCCCCACCGGUUUCUCCAAAAAGCGCCCUAACCCGAGCCAAGUGGCUCGCCAUCCGGGAGAAGACAACCGGGGAGGCGUCCGGGCGUGGUGCUGCCAACCAGCCACGACUCAUGCAAGUCAUUGCCAUGUCCAAGCAGCAGGGCCUCCUGCCGUCCUCGUCCUCUGGGGAGAAGUCCUCCGAAACCACAUCCACCUGCUCUGCCAUCUCCUCCGCUGCCGACUCGCCACACUACCGCCACCCCUUUGAGCAACCACGGGAGGGGCCAGGUAUCAUCACAGUGGAUGCCCAUGCACCCCACUAUCCUGUUGUCCAAGUCCCGCUUCCUCCCCAGGCCCAGCCCCCAUCAGGUAAUGGUAACCCAUGGGAGUGGGUGGGGGCAUCCAAUGGGGGAGACCCACGAGAAACCUACAACCUCUCUAACCUGAAUCGAGGAGAUUCGGCCAGCCGCAGCAGCAGCAGCUUCCACCCACGCCGCUCUGCCUCACCAUGCGCCACUGUCGACCCUACCAUAUCCUCAAGCCCACCUCACCAGCAGGUAGAGAUGUCAUCAGAUGCUCAGCGCAGGGAGAUGGCCAUGAGGCGCAAGACAGCACUGGUUCUGUUGGAUCGAGAGAUCCGUAACCAGACUGAGCAGGAGAACUAUUAUAAGAGUCUGCAGGGACGGAGGUUCAAAGAUUAGCCUGUUACCUUUCAAAAUAAAAGCCUUACUCUGAAACUGGUCACUAACAGCACAAAACCUGGUUGGCAACAAGGAGCGUGAUGCUAUGCAAGCAACAAGCUGUGAGAAGAGGUUUCCACCCAGGAGAUGAUGAGCUCAAGGUUUAGGAGCUCAACACUUGGACAGUUUCUCUUCACAAAAAGACAUCUUACCUCUCAGAGAGUCUAGGAGGACAUCAAUGCUAUUGCAACUAUUUAUUUUUCCAAGUGAACCCACCACAGAGGACCAUAUUAUUAUUA